AAAUCACAUUUAUUAUAUAUUUAUCAUUGAUUUUCUCAACUUUAUUUCUGCUCUCCUUUUUCCAGCAAAACCCUAAUUAUAUUUUCUCUGCACAAAUUCAAAUCCAUCAGUAAUUUAUAUUUAUAAGUUCCUGAAUUGUUGUGGUUUUGUUGAGUGCUUUAAGUGCUAAAGAUCUGAGCUUUAAUAUAUUGGGGUUUGUAUUUAUUUAUUUGUAGUUGAAAGAUUUCUUUAUGACAAUGGAGGUGAAAAUUGAUUUGGAAAGCCCUGGAAUUUUAUAUGGGGAUGAAGUUCCUGGUAGUUAUAAUGUGGAAGCAAGGGCUGAAGGGAAGGCAGAGAACCAGUUUAGUGAUUCUGUGGGUCCCGGUGUAGGGCCUGUGGUGGGGGCAGAGCAGGGGGUGGGGCCUGAUGAGUCGGUGCCACCAGCAAUGGGAUUAGAACAGGGAGGGGGACCUGUUGUGUCGGCGCCACCGGGAAUGGCAGUAGAGCAGGCAGUUGGAGUAAUGGCAGGGGCUAAUGCAGCGGGUCCUGGCACGGAAUUGAAGAAAAAGAGGGGAAGGCCAAGGAAGUAUGGACCGGAUGGAAAGCCCUUGGCAUUGUCUCCUAUGCCAAUUUCAGCUUCUAUUCCGCUGGCUGGAGACACAUGGAACCCUAGUAAAGGAGUGUCGGCGGACUUGUUUAAGAAGAAGAAGAAGCAGAAGUUGGAAUUUGGGAGCCCAGGUUCGCAGGUGCCCUAUUCUGUUGGUGGAAAUUUCACUCCACACAUGAUCACUGUUAAUGUAGGCGAGGAUGUUUCGAUGAAGAUCAUAUCAUUUUCACAACAGGGGUCUAGAGUAAUAUGUAUUCUUGCUGCAAAUGGUUCUGUUUCAAAUGUUACACUUCAUCAGCCUAACUCUUCUGGGGGUACUUUGACCUAUGAGGGACAUUUUGAGAUUCUAUCUCUAUCUGGAUCGUUCAUGCCCACCGACAGUGGAGGAACGAAAAGCAGAGCUGGCGGGAUGAGCGUCUCAUUGGCAGGCCCAGAUGGGCGUGUUCUAGGUGGUGGACUUGCUGGCAUGUUAAUAGCUGCUGGUCCUGUUCAGGUUGUUAUCGGAAGCUUUCUGUCAGGCCAUCCGCAGGAGCAUAAGCCGAAGAAGCAUAAAUCGGAGGUCGCAGCAGCUUUCUCGCCUUUCCCUGCCAAUCAUAAUUCUGGACAGGGUACUGAAAUGAUCUUUAAUACACAACAAAGCCUCACGCCGCUACCAUAUAAUGGUAAUAACUUGAGCUUCGGAAACAAUGUGCAAGGCUCAACAGCUUCAGGCUUCUCAAAUGAUAUAUCUUUGUCGGGGGGACCUACAGACCUCAGCCAAACAAAAUUUAUGGUUUCAUGCUGAUUAUAUGCAGUCUAUUACUGGCUGUUGUUGGACUCCAAAUUUCUAGGUUCUUAAUCUCUCUUAAGUUUCUGCGACUCAAGAUUUGUAAUGUCUUACAAUACUAGGCUAGGACUUUCAGGUAGCAAGCUUACCUUGUAGCAGUUUUUAAUUAUAUGUUGUAUGAUGCUUGUUGCAUUUGCUGAUUUAGAAUUUGGAAGAUGUAUGAACUCUCGGCUUGUCAUUUUAUUGACUUGCCUAUAUAAUUAGAUCUCUGAAUUUGGGUCA